AGCCAAAAAAUGAGAUACUGUCUAUAAGAUACUACGAACUCAGCUGAAAAUUGUUAUUUUCAAUAUUAAUUAUUAUGAUAUUGUAUUUUCAAAUUGAUUUAGUUAAAUGAUAUAAAGAUUUUUAUUAAGAAAUGUAAUUAAGGCAUUAAUAAUUUUAAUACGAACUGAGCAGUGCAGAAUUCCCUGUUAAAGGACAUCAAAGGAUUCGUUAAACUAUGGAGAAAGAUGGAGUAAAUACCAAUCAUAAAUACCUCAUCUGAGAAGAUCAAACUCUUACAUUCCAUUGAGUAAAGUAUACAGUGUGUAUAAACCCACCACAUAGGUAUUAAGUAAACACUGGUGUCUGGCUAUGUAGAAGAUGAUAAUGGAAAGUGAAGAAGAUUUGAGCAACCAGGAACCCGAGCAGUUAGACACAGAAACUGUCACAGAUAUGGCCCCGCCAGAGGGUUCAGUGGCCCUUGAGCAAACUGAGCCUGGGGGUGUAAAGAGCAACGAAAAACCUCAGCUGUCCAAUAAUGAUGGCAAGCCGGGUUACGAUGAUUCCCAGACAGGUGAAGAUGAUGGGGAGGUAGAUGACACUGAGGUCGGUGAGGCUGAGGAUGGAGAGAUCCUUGAAGAUGGUGAAAUUGCCAGUGAUCAGGACUGUGAAAACAAUGAUGGAGAAAUUGCAGAAGAAGAGGGAGAGGUGGAGGAGGAUGACUCUGCUGGUGCGGAAAAACAGCACAGCCAAAAUGAGCGCAAACACACACACUCCAAAAGAGAAAAACAUUCUAAACACCAUAGAAACUCUGAUAGAGACAAGGACAGAGGUAAAGAUGGCAAAAACAGAAAAAAACGACACAGAGAACAUGUUGAUUAUGAAAACAAAAGUGGUGACGAUUACGACAGUGAGUUGAUCUCAGAUUCAAAAAGACGUGAAAAAACUGAUAGGAAAAAAGAACAUUCUUCCCAGGAUGACAAGAGAAGGCGAGGAUCUAAGGAGACACGCCACCAAAGUGGGCGAGACCGAGACAGUCGUGAGAAGGAUCGUGACAAAGGGCGUGAUCGUGGACACGGUCGUCAUGAGAGAGACAAAGAUCGCGGAGACCGAAAUGACAAGGACAGGAGAGAUCUGGAUAAACACAGCAGGGAGAGGGACAGAGAUAGGUCCAAGAAUUAUGAGAUUUUUGACAGUCCACCUGGCAUGUACGAUAGUCCGUCUGCCUCAGAUGAAGAGUACUAUAAUGAAGAGUUCAUGGAAGGAGAUAUGCUGAUGCCAAAGAAGGGUAAGAAGCAGCAGCGUAAGCGUGACUUCCACAAGCGUAAACACCAGCGAGACAGGGACCAUGAUGAUGAAGGGGAUGAGGACCAGCCAGUGAAAAAGAAGCCCCUCCUACAGACACCCAUGGAGGAAAGACCCAUCUGUAAAUUCUUCAAGGAAGGCAAAUGUCAAAAGGGUCCGGAAUGCCCGUUCAACCAUGACUACCAGCCAAGCAAACGCCUGGAGCUGUGUAAAUACUAUGUGCAGUCAUACUGUCGACGAGACGGGUGUGUGUUUAUGCACGAGGAGUUUCCGUGCAAGUAUUACCACACUGGAUCAACAUGUUACCAGGGCGACAACUGCAAAUUCUCACAUGACCCACUCACUGCAGAGAUGGAUAUAGCGCUGCAAAAUUGCCUUAGAGAUAAGGACCUAUACUUUGAUCCAGAGGAGGAUUGGGGAGAAAAGAAAAGAAAGAAGAAAGGACUUCUUGGUGAUCAGCCAGCGAUGUCACAGGAGCUAAUAUGUCAGAAGUUGGAGAAGAUGAAGUCUAUCCCGUCCAUUUUCGACAUUCAGACCCAUGCCCCUGGGGAGAGCCCAAACAGACCCCCUAAAACAAGCAUGGGACCCCCAACAUCUAUGGCUGGGAACAUGGGAAUGAGCAUGUCCCCAAACAUGAGGUUCAACGGUCCUCCAAACCGGCCUCCACCCUUUCUGGGCCCAGCACAAAUGGAUGGCCCACCACCGAUGAUGGGCCCACCAAUGUCUGGCCCCGGUGGUCUGAUGGGUCCAGGACCCCCACCGGGUAUGGUGGGGCCAGGAAUGCAGGGCCCACCAAUGGGCCCUCCCCCACCAAUGAACCAGGCAGCAGCCAUUGUUGGAGCAAUUCUGAGAGCGGCCCCCAUGCUUCAGCAAUACAGGGGCCCAAAUGCUCAGGUACCCACAAGUAUGGGCAACAUGAUGGGUCCUGGUAUGAACAUGGAUGGUCAGAAUAUGAUGGGGCAAAACUCUGGCAUGCCCAAUUCUAUGGGUAUGAUGGGGCCAAUGAUGGGAAUGAUGAACCAAGGGCAAGAAGGGAUGAUGGAGGCUGACAUGCAGGUAAACAUGGACCAAGAUGAUGGCCAGGAUCUCACAGGAGAUGAUCAACAGCAGGGUCAAGACAAUCUACAGGGUCGGGCAGCAAAUACCGGAUCCAAGGACCCCAGGAUGUCAACAAACGAUCCCCGUCUUAACCGUGAAUCUAGUCAAACUCCGGGGAAGUCCGAUGAAAACUCCAGCAAUCAAGGGGACAGAACUCCUACACAAGACUGGGAAACAGGAGAGGACAGCGAAAUUGAUGUUGAAAUCCCAACCCACCUGCCUCCAAAACAGCGGGAAAUGUUCCUCCGAAUUGCACAUCAUACGAAAAAGAUGAAGCUUGAACAGCAACAGCAGAAACAACAGCAAGAAGCUGGAAAAUCUGACGAAAAUCAAGACAAUAAGGAUGAUGAUGACGAUAAUAAUAAGAUGAAAAUUGAUGAUGAUAAGUGGUACUCGAGUGAUGAGGAUGAUGACAAGCCAGCCCCACCCCAUGAUGACCCUGCCCCUCCUGCCCUGCCCCCUAAUGCCCCACCAACAUCAGACCCUCCACUACCACAGGGAUCCUCAUUCAAUGUGAUGCAGAUGAUCAAUGCCAUCAAGAGUAACCCAGCGCCAACCAACACAGCCUCAAAGAGACUGGAUCCUAGAAUGCAGCCUCGUCCACCAGCAAACAUCCACUCACGGGAGGGUGACUGCCCUUGGCGUUUGUUGAGGGUGAUGUAUGUGAAGAACAGGAUUCCAACAAACUUCGACAUGCAAGAUGACAAGUACAAGUUUGACCCUCGUGUUCAGAAGAUACUCAAAAUGCAAGAACUGGAAAGUGGCAAAGUUAUUGAUCACACAAAAAUUGUUCUUCCACAAACAAAGGAGCCAUAUGUUAAUCCGAAUAAUCCAAAACUUCCAGACCUGUUAGACCCAAAUGUGUUCAAAGCAAAAGAAUCUAGCAUAAAUAGGCAUGAGUUGCCACCAUUUGUCGAGCCAGCUCCAGGCAGUAAACAAGACUCAGAAAUUAAGCCACCUCGGCCUGUUGAUCCCAGGAUGAAGCCUGCAGAUCCCCGUGUUCAGAAAGCUAGCACGCCCCAAAGGCCGCUUGACCCAAGAUUGAGUAGGCAAGAUUCCAACAGUUCAACUAGUAAUUUAUCAGGAUUACCUCCAUAUGACCCACGACUUGCCAGACAGAACAGUCAGACAUCACAAUCUAGGGGUUCAACUCCUCCCCUUGAUCCUCGAAUGAUCAAUAGACAGAGCUCUAGUGACCCUAGACUUACAAGAACAGAUUCCAACAAUCAGUUGCCCUCUUUAGACUUGUUAAAGCCUCCAGAUCCACAGGUGUCUAAAUUGAUUGAUGAAGAAAUAGGUCAGCUGUCAAAUUUGCAAAGACAAUCCAGCCAGCCUGGAACAGCUGCUGAAAAAGAGACUAGUAGUGAAUCACAGUCGCCAAAACCUAAGUUAGACUAUAGGAAUGAUCCUCGAUUCAAAAGGAAACAUAUUUCAGAAUCAACUCUUUCACCUGACACUGUAGGAAAGCGUUAUUCAGGACAGAGAAAAUCUAGUACUGAGUAUAGCUCUCCACUUGGAGGUGAGGUGGGAAAUAAACAGGAGGAGUCUGGAUACAACAGUUACAACAGACCACGCCCACCCAAACCAGCAGUGACCCAGGCUCCUCCUACUGUUCAGCCAGAGACAACAGUGUCCACUGCUGCUGAUGUCAGCACACAUGAUAUUCUGGACUCAUUACAAAUAAUGCCACCCCCAGGUAUGGCAGAACAACAGGGACCGGAUAAAAAUCUCAAAGACAUCUUUAAAACCAUUGAUCCCACUGCAUCUCCAUUUUGCUAGUGAAUAUCCAUUUUUUUUUUUUAAAUAAAAGCAUUCAGUAAACAGUUUGUAAUGCUAGUAUUACCGGGGACUCCUCAAAGGAUUAAUACAUGUUUAGAAAGUGAUUGAAUGACUCAAUGUACAGUGUACAUUUGUUGUGAUAAGCAUAUAUAUAGGAAAUGAUACUUGCAUCAAUAAGGAUUUUCAUAGAAAGCAACAUUGUUAUUAAUAUUUUUAUGGACUUGUUCAUCUAAAUGAUAAUUUGAUUUUAAUUUGCAUUUAUAGAUUAACCAGUCUUUCGUUUUGACACUUGGUUGUAUUCAUAUUUUGUCUUUCUUUUCAUAUAUGCCAUAUAUUGAUUGUCUUAAUUUUACUAUGAUCUGUGGUUUAGCUCGAAACAAAAUCUACUUACAGAAUUGCUUGCUCAGGGCCAUGGCAUUUUAUAACGUCUUGUAUGAUAGAGCCAGGCAGAGUUUACGUCCACAUAGCAUUGCUCAUUGACUAAAAAACAUGUAUUAUAUUUUAGUGUAUCAUGUGCUAUUUAAAGCAAACAUUAGCAAGUUGUCAUUUAGUGUGAUAGAUAUGAAAUCAAAGGAAAUCAUGGACUUCUAAUUUAAUAAUCAUUCAUUAUUUUCUCUGCUCACUAUUUUCAUUGUGUAAAGGACCUUUUGUUCAUGCUCUGUGCCAAAGUAAGACUCUACGAGAGUUGAGAUUUAAUGACAAGAUAAUAUGUACAUGGGUUGUUGUGUUACAGCUUACCACUGUACUGCUUGUUCAAUAAGAACUAGAAAUUUAUAGAUCUGGUUCAUGAUUUUAAGUCAUUGAUUACUUUUACCCGGAUAUUGGUCUUGUAAAUUGUUUUCUUCCCUUAAGUGAUACAAUGUACUUACUAUUUGUAAUUCUGUUUUUAAAUCAAAACUUCAUUCAUCUUUUCAGUAAUAUAUUUAUUUAUGAUGCAUACACAAUGAUCUGUUUUGACUUCAUGAUCAAAUAAAAGGAUCUACACAGGACACAAUGUUCCUGUGGUAUGACCCUAUUGAUUGCUUGUAUAUUGUGUUUAUUAGAAUGAUGUUGUUGUGAUAAUGUAUAAUAAUAAAAGUGCUUUUUGUUAAUCAAUGAUAGAACAAGUAUUGACUGGACUUGAAAAUAACCUUGUCAUUAAAUUAGUGUUGAUGAUUUUAAAAAGUUUGUUAAAAUAACUUUCAGUAGGUAUCAGCCAAACAAAAUGAAUAUGUUUUUAGCUUCUAAAUUCUUAGUUAAAAUAUUGAUAUAUGCCUACAGGCUCUCCGUUUGUGCUUGUAUCUUGUAUAGCAAUACUCCAUGUUAUGUUUCACCCCUUCCAUGCACAGCUGGUCAAAUCGGCAGUGUUGGAGACAAAAAGAAAUAAACCUUGAA